AAAUAUUUUGGGGGCUUUUACUUUGAAGAGUACGAUUUUCUAUUAUAUCUUUAAAAAUGUGACAAUGUUAAGCAUAUUCAGAUGAAUAAAGUUUUGAAGCGAGAAUAAAAAAGAGUUCUAAGCCUAUAUUGUAGUUUGUGUUGUGUUUACAAACCACCGGUGGCGCCCUUUCACCGCAGGAUUCCCAACCAUUAUUCCCAACGUGUUCCUCACACACCAAAUACCACACGUCAUUUGCGCAGCUAGUGACGUACGCUAGGCGAAUAGCGCCUUCGUACGUACCUUUCAGUGGGGAAAAAUGUCCCAAGGGAUGGGCUAGAUUCUCGGCGAGAAAAAAAAAAUUAAAAGGAAUGCUACAUUCUGUAGCCGCUUUAGCUCGGGACCAUGUCCGGAUUUGGGAGUUGCCCUGCGGAUGGUACACGCGAGCCAGCGGCGACACAGUCCGAGCCGAAAACACUCAUCUUCCUCGAGCAACACGAGUGUCCGCUUCCUCCCGUGUCCACAAAUGAUCAUGCCGAGCUCUGACGGUAGGACGUGUUGGAGAUUCACACUCUGUGGAGAGCCGACGACGUGUUGCAGUCGAAGAGGGGACGGAGCUGUCAGUUCUGCUUUGGAACCACCGUGUCAUUAAUUUCACACCUGACGGCUGAUAUUAGCUUGUCCUGCAUGAGAGGGAACACACAAAAAAGCCGCCGAGCUUUGAUGUGUCAGACUCCAUUCAUCUUUCUUUUGUAAUGACGUUUGAACGGCUAUUUUGAUUCUGGACAUUUCAAACUCCUCUCACCCGAGCCCCGCCGGUCGCUUUGGUGCGAGGCUAAGGCGGGUCAACAGUCGGAAGGAUAUGGGAAUGAAAGCGGAACCGAUGCGUUGGAUCUUGGCGAGGCAUCGUCAACACACAGGGCAGUGAUGCCUGGAAUGGUGAUGUUUCGGCGGCGCUGGUCAGUUGGCAGUGAUGACCUGGUGUUGCCCGCCCUCUUUCUUUUUUUAAUACACUGCAUUUGGUUGGUUGUUCUUUCUGUGGUUCUCUUCGGCCUUCCGUAUGGCUCAGAACAACCAUGCUCUUUGACACUGGUGGAUCAUGGCCGAGGGUACCUGGGCAUCCUGGUCAGCUGCCUUAUAUGUGAGAGCGCUAUCAUGUGGCUGAGCAUGAGGGGCAGCAUUUUGCACACCCAGCCCAGAGAAGCUGUGCAAUAUGUCAUCUAUAUACGACUAACCAUUCUGUUGGUUGAGCUAGCAUAUGCUGUAGUAGGAAUUGCCUGGCUUGUCCAGUAUUAUCAGCCGUGCUCCGAUGUCACAGCCAAAAACUUGGCAUUAGGCAUUGUUGCAUGCAACUGGCUGGUGAUACUCAGCGUCUGCAUCACCCUCAUGUGCACCUUUGACCCGACGGGUCGUACGUUUGUAAAGCUGAAAGCAACACGCCGCCGACAGCGCAACCUCACCACAUAUACUCUCAGACAUAGAUUAGAAGAAGGCCAAGCCAGCAGCUGGAGCAGGAGGCUUAAGUUUUUCAUGUGCUGCACAAGAGCCCAGGAUACACAAUCGGAUGCUUAUUCGGAAGUGGCGAGCCUUUUUGCAGAGUUCUUCAGAGAUCUGGACAUUGUGCCCAGCGAUAUCAUAGCUGGCCUGGUGCUCCUGCGCCAGCGACAAAGGGCUAAGAGGUCUGCCAUCCUCGACCAGGCCAACAAUGACAUUUUAGCGUUCUUGUCGGGAAUUCCUGUCACUCGCAACACUAAAUACCUGGAUUUGAAGAAUUCGACUGAGAUGAACAUGUACAAAGAUGUGUGCUAUUACAUGCUCUUUGCCAUGGCUGCGUACGGCUGGCCCAUGUAUCUGAUGAGGAAUCCUGCUUGUGGGUUGUGUCACCUCGCCAGCUCCUGCCCCUGCACGUCCGUUUCUGGCUCCCGGUUGUCUCAGUCAGUGACCGUGGAGGAGGACAACUGUUGCGGUUGUAAUGUUCUUGCUAUCCGCAGGCAUUUCCUAGACAGGGAUCUCAAGCAGGUCCACAUUGUCUACACUUCCUGCCAUGAUGCUGUUUACGAAACUCCAUUUUUUGUGGCAGUGGACCACGCAAAGAAGAAAGUUGUUAUCAGUAUUCGAGGAACCCUUUCACCAAAGGAUGCCUUGACUGAUCUGACAGGAGACUCUGAACGUUUGCCUGUGGAGGAGCAGCAUGGCACCUGGCUUGGCCACAAGGGCAUGGUUUACUCAGCUGAAUAUAUUAAGAAGAAACUGGAGCAGGAAAUGAUCCUGUCACAGGCCUUUGGAAGAGACCUGAGCAAGGGCACCAUGCACUAUGAGCUGGUGAUAGUUGGACAUUCCCUUGGUGCCGGCACUGCUGCUAUCCUCUCCUUCUUGCUGAGACCUCAGUACCCCAACCUUCACUGCUACUCUUACUCUCCACCUGGGGGCCUUCUUAGUGAGGAUGCCAUGGAGUACUCAAAGGAGUUCGUCACAGCUGUGGUAUUAGGAAAAGAUCUAGUACCAAGGCUUGGUUUGUCACAACUGGAAGGUUUCCGAAGGCACCUCCUGGAAGUCCUGCAGAAAAGUAACAAGCCGAAGUGGAGGAUCAUUGCAGGAGGCACCAAGUGCAUCCCCAAAUCUGAGCUUCCAGUGGAGGAUGAUGAUCCUCAGCCUGCACCCCCACCCAACAGUCGUCUGUGGCUUCAUCCCAGUGACCUCAGCAUCGCCCUGUCUGCCUCCACUCCUCUCUACCCCCCUGGAAAGAUCAUCCACGUGGUGCACAACCAUCCACCAGAGACCUGCUGUGGACAGGAGGAACCGACUUACUCGGCUCUGUGGGGAGACAACAAGGCCUUCAACGAGGUCAUCAUAUCGCCCGCCAUGCUGAAUGAGCACAUGCCCCACAUGGUGAUGAAGGGCCUAAAUAAGGUGCUGGAGAACUACAAUAAAGGCAAAACUGCCUUACUGUCAGCAGCCAAGAUCAUGGUGAGUCCCACAGAAGUGGACUUGAACCCAGAGACCCUGUUUAUGGAUGCAUCAGCAAACUCUCAGCAGCCGACGCCUACAGCCCACCACCGCAGGAACAGUAGUGUUCGACAAAAAUCAUUAUUACGUUCUUGUGCCCAAUCUGAAAUAUCUCUGGAUGGUUUCUCUGAGUGCCCACCUCCACCAGUGCCUGUGGUGUUGCGUGGAGCGCGGGAGCGUCUGGCGGUGGAGCUGAGGGACCGCAAAGCACCGCUGGCCGUCAUGGAGAGCCUCUCUGACGCAGAGUCGCUCUAUAGCCUGGAUUCCCGGCGCUCCUCGGCGGCGCUGAGGGGUUCACCGAUGCUGGGUAGCUUGCCGUUCCCUUUGGAUGCUCCGAUUCCGGAGGAGAACCCGUCUCUGAGCUCUCGCACUGAGCUCCUGGCAGCAGACUGUCUCUGCCAGGCGUCACCAGAACACCUCGGUGAGGUUGGACCCUUCUUUACUCCGGGGGAAACCACAUCCACCCCCGAUCAAACGAUGCGUCUUUCUCCCUCGACGCCUCGCUACAGUGGACACCAUUCCCCGGCUCCUCUCGGUCAGAGCGUCUUGGCUCAGCCUAAUUCCAGCCUAGCAAUGCUUCCCGAUGGAGACCAGAUACCCAGUGUGUACAGUCCAGGGAGCACCCCGAAUGCUCCCCUCAGCCCACAAUUUGCCUCUAGACCAAUGGAUAGUGAAAAGGCAGGCUGGGACCUGGAGAUCACCGAUAGAUUGUUAAGUGGAGGGACGACACCGGGAGUGUCUGUCCCUCCACCGCAGCUGUCUAACGGAAACCCCAGCCAGGCAGUGCUGGAGUUCGCACAGUACCUGGACUCUCUUUUCAGAUUGGAUGGGAGCAGCUCGCCACCCCUGGAGCUCUCGGAUGGCGAGUCCGAGUCCGGCCGGGGAUCUUUCGGCCAGGAAGAAGGGGCAGACGGAGACGUGCAGCAGUUCGAUGAGAAACAGCUUCUGGCCAGAGCAACGCUGGAGCCAAACCUUGUUCCAAAGCCACCACGCACAUUCGCUGAAUCGGCUGACCCCUCUUCAGGAAUCUCUUUGUCCCCCUCCUUCCCCCUUUCAUCGUCUGAGGAGCUCAAUGACCUUUCUCCAAGUGAAGUUCCCCCGCCAGUCAUCCACUCCUUACGGACAUCCACUCCUUGCCACUGCCCCGAGGAAAACACACUAUCAUCUAUGGUUUAGUGUGACCUGAGGACUCCAGCCUCCUUUGAGGCAGGAGAGUCUAAACUUUAAAACAUAUCACGGAGAAAGCAUGCAAUGAAAUCCAGAUACUCAUCACAAAAAAGCCCAGCUCCUAUGAUAUCCACCCUUCAGGAGACCCUGCUGUCUAUAGCCGUUUCACAUUAUCGCAAUGACAAAAAAAGGAAAUACCUCUCUCUGCAUGUAAAGGGGCUGUGCUGCUUUUGGGUAUACAUAAACAACUGUAGCUACACAUUGCCGUUCUGACACAACGUGCUGCCCUUAAGGGUAAGUAUCCGCAUCUGGUUCCUGAUUUAAUAAUAAAAAAGGGAGACACGAUGUCAUUGAGCAGGGAUUGGUUUAAAAACUAAAGGUUACAAUGGGCACAUCAUCCGUGCACUGUGCUACUCCCCGCAGCUCCAGAAACCUAUCCAACAUCUAUUUUAUUUUUAUUUUUUUACUUCUCCAAAAUGUGAAGAUGGAUAUAUUUGUCAAUAAAGCGAGAACAUACGACGACAUGUUGCUCAGGUGUACGAAGCUUUGAGAAAGAGUGCGUCAUGUUGGUGGGAAUACAUGUGUCUUAAACUUUUAGUGAUUGUGACAAAGUUAAUACAAAUGCCUAUGGAUGUCUUGAUUUAUAUUUUAUAAUGCAUGAAUACUUUUUUUUCAUUUAUUCUUGAAGAAAAUGUCACUAAGCCACUUGUGUUCUUUGAGUUUUUCUGACGCACAUCUUAUUGCUAAUUUUGACCCUUUUGCCAAAAAAAAAAAACACAAAAAAGAGAAAAAAAAACAUUGUCUUGCCAAAUGUAUUUAUGAAAUGUAUUUUAUAUAUGUAUAUUGCUAUUGCUUUAUUUAAAUGAAGGUUCAGUUCAUUCUCUACUGUAAGAACUCUCCCAUGUAGACUGUUACAAAGCAGCACUAGGGACAUGAUGCCAUCCUGACAUUAAGAAAAAAAAGACACUGCCCUGGCUUCAUGUCAAAGACCUCUGCACGUUGAGUUUGAGCAGGUAACAAACUAGAUCAAAGUAAUACUCUACGAUUACCUUUGUAAAAGUCUUAGCCACUCGCCCAGGUCAGAUUCUGCAUGCUUUGUACAAUGAAAUUAGCAUGGUUGGUAUAGAACAAGUCUUGUUAUAAAGCCACAGUGAAUAAGCUCCAACCGUCUUCAUCACACACAGACUCCUGAGAGCAGGUGAGCGGCUCACCAGAUGGGACCAAACUGCAGGUUGGAAAGGGUCCCAGGAUGUCAUUUCUCGUAGUUCUGACGGUGCUGGAAAGUCGUUUUGGACGCUUGCUUCCCUUUAAUCUGGUUCACCUCAGACAUCCUGAAAGUUGGACUGACUGACCGGACGGACGGGCCCUGACCAUUGAUUCCAACCCAUCUAUGUUGCACACAAUCUUCCAUAUCACUCUGGGUAUAACAGGUUGUUCGGUUAUUUAUUAAGAGUUCUUGUUGUCACUUUUAUUGGUAUAUUUGACUGUAUUUUUAUUCUUAUUACAUCAGAUUGGUUUGAUGUCUGUGAUUUUUAGGAGUUUUUAACCCACAGUGCGGGGAAGUCUUUGGAUUUUUCCUAACUGUAAGGCGUUCUGGAAAUGAGAUUUUUUUUUUGUCUGAGUGGUGAUUGACAUUCUGUCAUAUCAUGGUGACAAUAGCUCCCCCCACACACACAUACAAAUGUGUCAAAGUUGUGAGACGUGCUGCAGAGUGACAGCCUGCUCACAGUGGUGUUUGGUGCAACGACACCAUCAAGCCUGGAGUCACCAUAAUAAUAAUAAUAAUCUCUUUGGUUGGAACAUGUGGUUACGCACGGCAAAGUUCCAGCCAUCUACAGUCUAAAAACACUUAAUGCUGUAGCUUAGGUCGCAGCUUGUUCUUCACCUAAAAAAAAGAGAAAAAUCACCUGAAGAAUGCAGUUUGUUGCACGGUGAUGUGUACCGCACUGUCUUCUGUGUACUUCUAUGAAAUGAUAAACUCCAAUAACCAUGUAGAGAACAAAUGUAUAUCAAGAUGACAAUUAUAUUAAAAGAUAUCAAUAUUGAUGGCUACAAAAUGUUUUUCAGCUUAUUGGCAGAUGAUAAAAUUAGUCGGCAUUGAAAAGAAUAAUUCAACUGUGUCUUGUCCAUGUUUAUCUGGUUGCAUCUUUUUCUUUCUGUCCCUCGAUAAGAAUGUAUUUGACCCCCCUCCUCUUGCCUGUAAUGGAAUAAAUUACAAACUAUGACAACUGA